AUGCCGGCGGCGAGCGCGUCGGCGCCAAUCAAGCUAUCUCUUCCACUGCAAUUCCAGCAAGAUAUCUACAAUCUACUACGCAACGAGGACGCUCUUGUUGUGUUAGCAAGAGGUCUUGGUCUCUUGAAGAUCGUGACCAAUCUGCUGCACUCGUAUGAUGCAGCUGGCAACUCUCUUGUCAUCGUUGUUGGCGCCGAGGACCAGGAAAAUGACUGGAUCGGCGAAGCGUUGGCGGAACACUAUGCCAUCUCAAGGGCACCGCAUGCUAGAGGACUGCGGGUCAUCAACACCGACAAAGCCACAGUCUCAGCUCGAGAGAAAAUCUAUUCUGAAGGUGGUGUCGUCUCAGUCACCAGUAGGAUCUUAAUUGUCGACCUUCUUUCUAAGUUGCUGGACCCAGAGACCGUGACGGGACUUAUUGUAAUGCACGCCGAGAAGGUUAUUACCACUAGCUCCGAGGCCUUCAUCGUACGGGUCUUCAGACAGUACAACAAGAUUGGCUUCGUCAAGGCUUUUACUGACGCACCCGAACCUCUCAUCUCGGCGUAUGCGCCGCUGGGUGCGAUGCUGAGGAAUUUGUUUCUCAGAAAGCCGGCGCUAUAUCCACGGUUCCAUGCCAGUGUUGCGCGAAGCUUAGAAGGCAAGAAGAAGGCAGACGUCGUGGAGCUCGAGGUGCCCAUGAGCGAUGCCAUGACUAAGAUCCAGCAAGCCGUUCUGGAAUGUGUCGAGCUUUGCAUAUCGGAACUACGCAAGGCUCAUUCUGGAUUCGAUCUGGAAGACUGGAGCGUGGACUCGGCCCUACAUCAGAACUUUGAUUCCAUGGUACGACGACAGCUGGAUCCGGUAUGGCAUAGAGUGAGCUUUCGGACGCGACAGAUCGCUCGCGACCUCACCACGUUACGAGAGAUACUGACCUACUUGCUCAGCUACGACUGUGUAUCAUUACUCAAACACCUUGAUACUGUCCGUGCGACACUCUCACCGCCGCCGAACUCGACCAAGCAGAAUUCCUCGCCCUGGCUGCUCACUGACGCCGCCGAUACCAUCUUCACCAUAGCCAGAGAUCGUGUAUACAGUGGGCGAGUUGAGGAGAAGAGCGACAGUACCCCGCAGAAGAUCCCAGAAGGAGUCAGACCGGUGCUUGAAGAACAACCAAAGUGGGCGCUCCUCGCUGAAAUCUUGAGCGAGAUCGAGUACGACGCAUAUCUGAAUCCAGCCACGGGUGAAGCCAGCAACACAGUUUUGGUGAUGUGCAAUGAUCAGAGAACAUGUCGACAGAUCAAGGAGUAUCUGCAGACCAUGCAUAUUAAGCCUGAACUUGAUAACGAGGCCAACGGUCAGGCGCCUCAUGAGGUGGAAGAAGAGCAAGAGAAGGGCUCAGGCGAGUGGAUGAUGCGGCGAAAACUGCGCGACUACCUUUACUGGCGCAAGACUUUCAACAGGGUGCAAUCUGCUCUAUUUGAUGAGAACCUCAAGUCUUUGUCAGAUCUGAAAAAUUCGAGCGCCACGUCCCGUCUAAACGCUAAAGGACAGCCUGCUAACAAACGUCGGCGUGUACGCGGCGGUGGUCUGGGAGGAGGUGCAGGGCGUUCCAGCGCAGCGAUGGAGCGUGAUGCGCAAGUGGCUUCACUUCUAGAUUCCCUUCGCCCCGAUGAAGCAGACAAGCGUGGCCCCGACGAUCCCAUCAUCGACGACCUCACCACUGCUACUGAGGCGCAGUUCACACUGUACGAACCCACCGACCAGAUACUCGUCCAUCCCUACUCCGGCGACAACGACGACCUUCUCCUUGAGGAAGUCCGUCCCUCCCACAUAAUCAUGUACUCACCAGCCGCGGACUUUAUCCGCCGCGUGGAAGUCUACAAGUCGUCGCACUCCUCACGCAUGUCCUUGCGGACCUACUUCUUCUACUACCAAGGUAGUGUCGAAGAGCAAGUCUACCUCUCGCGGAUCCGCCGGGAGAAAGAGGCCUUCACCAAACUCAUCCACGAACGGGCCGGCCUCGCCCUCACCAUCAACGACCCGGGGGCAUCCGCCACCGACUCGGAGCAAUUCCUCCGCACGAUCAACACCCGCAUCGCCGGCGGGGGCAAGCUUGCCGCCACAGCCCAACCCCCGACCAUCGUCGUCGACGUGCGUGAAUUCCGCUCCGCACUCCCCUCCCUCCUCCACGGCCGCAGCAACAUCGUGCUCCCCUGCCAACUCACCAUUGGCGACUACGUCCUCUCCCCCUCCAUCUGCGUCGAGCGUAAAAGCGUUCGCGACCUCAUCGCCUCCUUCAAGAACGGGCGCCUCUUCAACCAAGCCGAAUCGAUGCUGCAGCACUACACGUACCCCUUCCUCCUCAUCGAAUUCGAGCACAACAAAUCCUUCACGCUCGACCCUUUCGCCGACCUCACCAGCAUCUCCACGCUCAAAACCCCCGACGCCGACUCGCGCGACCUCCAAUCGAAACUCGUGCUGCUGACCAUCUCCUUCCCACGCCUCAAGGUCAUCUGGUCGUCCUCUCCUUACCAAACCGCCGAGAUCUUCGCCGAGUUGAAAAAGGGCCAGCCCGAGCCGGAUCCCAUGCGUGCCGUGCAGCUGGGUCUGGAUUCGGAACUGGAAGGGCUGGAAUUGGAGGAGCGCACGUUCAAUAAUGCGCCGCAGGAGCUGUUGAGGGCCGUGCCGGGGAUCACGGCGAAAAAUGCGGCCAGGUUGUAUUUGGAGACGAGGGAUGUGAGGGAGGUGGCGAAUAUGAGCGUGUCGGAGCUGGAGCCGCAUGUAGGGAAGGCGGUGGGGAGGCAGAUUACGAGGUUCUUUGGAAGGAAGGUGUGGGAUGUGGAAGAUGAGGAGGGGUCUGGCACGGAUAGGGCAGCGCUUGGGUAA